AUGUCGAAGAAAAUAGCACUGGUCAUCUGCAGCACCAGAGAGCCCCGACUAAACCCCUUCAUCGCUCGAUACGUUCUCAACAUCAUCUCUCGCCAAAACUGCGAGGAAAGUCUUGAAAUACUUGAUAUCAGCGAACAAGGUCUCCCUCUAUACAACGAACCUGCCAUUCCAUCGUUCCUUCCGGAGGCUGAUCCUACGCCUCAUUACGCGCACCAACACACGCAAGCAUGGUCCGCCAAAAUUCGACAGUACAGCGCGUUCAUUUUCGUUACACCUCAAUACAACUGGAGUAUUCCUGCCAGUUUGAAGAAUGCAUUGGAUUACUUGUACUAUGAAUGGAAAGACAAGCCUGCGGCCAUCGUGACGUAUGGAGGGAGAGGAGGUGGGAAGGCGGCAGAUCACUUGCGUGGGAUUAUUCAAGGAUUGCACAUGAACGCCGUCUCGAUUACUCCUGGGCUCGUUGUGAAGGUUACGACGCUAGAGUCUGUGGAGGGACAGCAGAUUGGCGUUGAAGACAAGGGACGGUGGCGGGAAAGUGGUGCUGAAGAGCAAAUCUCUUCCAUGUUUUCAGAGUUGAUAGAGAAAGUUCAUGGUCAUUAG